AUGCCAUUCCUCCUCUUAGUAAUGUUACUGCUAGCAACGGGUUCAAAUGCAGGUGGCAUCGCUAUUUAUUGGGGCCAGAAUGGAAAUGAGGGUACCUUGGCAGAGACUUGUGCCACGGGAUUAUAUGAGUUCGUUAACAUUGCUUUUCUUUCCAGUUUUGGUAGCGGUCGUAACCCAAUGAUGAACCUUGCCGGUCACUGCGAUCCAUACAGUAAAGGUUGCACGGGCUUAAGCUCUGACAUAGAAUCAUGUCAAUCCAAAGGCAUUAAUAUGAUGCUUUCUAUCGGAGGAGGUUCCGGAAGCUACUCCCUGGCCUCCUCUGAUGACGCAAGACAGGUCGCCACUUAUAUCUGGAACAACUUCCUGGGUGGACAAUCCUCAUCCCGUCCGCUCGGCCCUGCUGUUCUAGAUGGAGUUGACUUUGAUAUUGAAGGAGGAACAGACCUGUACUGGGAUGAUCUUGCAAGGUACCUUUCAGCAUACAGCAAUCAAGGAAAAAAGGUGUACCUAACGGCAGCACCCCAGUGCCCAUUUCCUGAUGCGUCUGUAGGAAAUGCCCUCAAAACAGGUCUUUUCGACUAUGUUUGGGUCCAGUUCUACAACAACCCUCCAUGUCAGUACACAUCCGGUGAUGUUACCAAUCUCGAAGAUGCAUGGAAGCAAUGGGUUUCAGACAUUCCAGCCACUGUGUUUUUCCUAGGAUUACCUGCUUCUCCUGAGGCAGCAGGAAGUGGUUUCAUUCCUGUACCUGAUUUAACUUCCAACGUGCUUCCAGCCAUCAAGGGGUCUGAUAAGUAUGGUGGUGUGAUGCUGUGGUCCAAGUACUAUGAUGAUCAAAGUGGAUACAGCUCUUCCAUCAAGGCCGAUGUCUAA